CUUAGGCAAUUUUAUCACAAACAAAAAGACAAAGACCGACGUCUGCGAACUUGGGUAAACCUUAUGGCAGAGCGCUUGGAGCAAUCGGGCAGCGAUGCGAAUGCUUCAUACGCAAAACAACUACGCGUGGUCAUUGCCAAACUGAACAGCAUUGAUACUGAUUCCAGGAAUACAGACGGGAAAAGUGAGGAGCAGGAUAGCGAUGAAAGUGGAGAGGAUAUUACAAAACACCCGCAGCUACUGGACGAAUCGGCUAUAGCACUCGCGUGCGAAGGACUGGGGCGGUCGGAACUGUAUGCUGUGGAGCACCAGUUGCACCGAAUGAAAGAUCUACACGAGGCCGAAGAGAUAGAACGUCAGAUGCGGAACAUGACGACCAUCAUCAAGCAGCUCUACCGCCGAGACACGCGUAUGCUGCAAUGCAUGGAGGUGCUUGGCACACAACUGCAGGCCUCUGGCGACCACAAGCUGUGGAUAGACACGUAUCAAAGCAUGGCCCAGCGCUGCGGCACGGACGAGGCCAGUAUAAACAACAAGGAAAAGGCGGCGGUAGGUAAACAGAUCGAACUGGACCGGUCCCAAAUGGACUUGGCGGCGGGUGCGGGUGAUGCGAAGGGUGGGUUGACCCGUACGCUGAGUCGGUCACUGAGUAACCUGUCGCGCUCGCUGUCGAACCUGAGUGCGAGUAAUGGGAAUGCGCCGGGCGGGAGCGGAAACGACGUGGCGAAUACCGGGACGAAUACCGGGACAAGAAGUGGUCGCGGUCCGGGUCAGGCCCAAGCCCAGGCCCAGGCUCAAGCGGGUGCGAGUGGGGAAGCGGGCGAUAGUAGGCAAACUACGAGUGGCAGGGGAGCGAACGAACGCGGUAGCACCAGUAGACGGACAUCAGCGUCACAGACCAACGGCCAAGGCGACGCAGCCGCCAAGGCUAAAGCCGAGGCCGAGGACGUGGAUGUGUAUGGGGGUGGUAGACCGAAUGGGCUCAGUAAUGCCAGUGCUGCGGUUGGUAGUGGUGGAAUGGGUAUUGUGCGAGCCAGGCGACGGUCGUUGGAGAUGGCUAGGGCGUCGGAUUCGGCGCGGGCGUCGUGCGUCGGGGACGCAAAUCCGGCGCGUGACACGCGACGUGGCCGUAGGCACGCGCGCACACAGUCGCGCGAACGGCCACGGUUGGGCUCGCGGACAAGCACUAGCUCGAGUGCGAGUACCAGAUCCAGGGAUGGGGGCGAUACACAUACACGCACACAAAGGAAGAGCCAGCAAUCGAAUGCAGAGGAUGGCAAGGGUGGUGUGCGGGAACGGCGGUCUGUAAGUGUGAAGUCGCAAGACGACGGUGUGAUGGGGACUGAAAUAACGAAAGGGAUAACAGCCACUGAGAGCGCGUUGAGUGCGACCAAUGCGGCGGAAAGCAGCGCCAGCAGCACGCCUUUGGAUGAAACGGCGCACAGUACAACUGAUGAGACUGGGGCAAGUAGUACAACCGAAUCGGCUGUGGAAAGUACAGCCGAUGCCACUGUGGAGAGUGUAACGGAUACAGCAGCCGAGACAUGUAUAGCCAAUACCACUGUGCCCGGCACAGCCGAGACGACUGGAGAUAAGGCAGCCGGUGUAGCUGAGGCACGGACGGCAGAGGCACCCACACAUACGGCUGAGCUUGACACAGCAUGUGCACCUGUGGAAAAUGCGACAGGUACGGCUGAGGGCAGUAUAGUAGACCCUGUGAUGAAAAAUGCCACAGAUGCGACUGUGGACAGUAGAGCCGAUACAGCUGUGGAAUAUACAACAAACCCGGCUGAGAAGGGCACCGACGAUGUACCUGUCGACAAUGCCACAUCAACAGAUACGCCCGUGAAAAUCGCAGAAGACCCGGCUGGGGAAAGCCCAGUAGAUACAGUCGAGCAGCGUACCUCAGGUAAGGCUGUGGACGAUCCAACAGACACAGCUGUGGAAAGCUCACCAGCGGCAAUUGCGGAUAGCACUGAUAAGGCCAGCGCACGAGUGACGGCAGAGUCUGACGGCGACGACUGCGAUGCGGUGGAGCGAAGGGGUAGUUGAGACUGAGACACUCGCAUACAUUGUACAUCUCAGAUGAAUUAGUAAUAUAGAGGAGGCUGUGCAGACUUUGUUCUGAUUAAAGUGGUAGAGAUCCCGUUCACCCGGUGUGCUGGGUCAUAUCUACCAAAACUUUCUGGUUGGGCUUAGUCGGCGGUGCGGACUAACAUCUGGGGAGGUCGGUCAUGGACCACUCCAAAAAUGGAUUGAAAUUCGAAUGCUAAGGAUAGUAAUUGGCGUGUUUAAUCGCAAGGAGCAAAAUUAGCGUUCCAAAUCCUCUAUAGACAAAUGAUGUUGUAUAAUGAGAAUUCGAAAUAAAGUAGGUGGAAUCCCAUCAUGCUAUAGAGCC